AUGACAGCAAGCAUGAUAAUUCUAAAAAUAAGUGAUUAAGAAGAUCUAUUGUAAAAAAGUAACUACCUCUUUUGACAGAAGCUCAAAAUACUUAACUUUCUUCAAAUUUUCCAAUAGCUACUUAAAAAUUUGAAAUUUAAAGAUUAAGAGAAAUGUUUGUGAAAAAGAAAAAGAAAUUAGAGAGCAAUCGAAUUUAGAGAGAAAGAGAAUGUUAAAGUAUUUAUCAAACAAUCGUCAAUCAAAAGGUGACUUCAAAAUACACAUUCAUUGAUCUAUUUAAAAAUUUUCUUGAAAAUUUCAAUCAAAUUAUUAAUAUCAAAAAUGAGAAGUAUGCUCUCAAUAUAAUUUUAAAGCUGAUAUAAAGUAUUCCUAAAAUAUAGGAUGUAUUAGAUUUUCACAAAAGUAAGUUUCAAGGAAUCACUCCUUAUUAUAUGAUAAAGCAAUUGAUUCAUCAUUGGCUAGAUUAAUCAAUUUUUUAGGAUUAUAGAAAAUUUCAACUUGAUUCAAAUUAUAUGGCAUCAGUUGAGGAAAUUAAUAAGAAAUUCGAAGAAACUAAUUAUUUUAGAAAAAGAUAAUCUAUAUUGAAGGAUAAUUCAAUAUAUCAAGUAGUAGAGGAAACAAGCAAUUAUAUUAAAAAUUUUAUUAUUAAUUGA